AUGAGAGGAGGUCCGAGGUCGUCCAAGAUAUCGAGAGGCGUGGGAUCAAAGCCGACGGAUCUGGUCGAUGGUCGAGAGAGGAUGACGGACGAUCACUUACCCUGCCAUGAUGAGCGAGUUACACCGCCGAUAUAUCCUGGUCUAUCGAAAGCCUAUAAUGCUCGACAUGAAGACUCUCUAUACAAUUCUUGGGCCAAUGCCUUUCACUCAUCCGACGCGAUACACGAUGACACAGAUUUGAAUGAUGAAUUACGCCCAACUCCUAACCUGUAUCACAUUUCCGACAUUCCUUUGACGACUUGUAACGACUAUCACGAAGCGGCUCAUCCUCGAUCGCACUCUCAAACUCUUCACAAUCACAUGUAUAAUAAUGCAGCAACUCCUGUUCUUCUCCACGGCCCUGUGAUAUCCUCUUCGACGUUGUCCAUCGUUUCACCGCUAUCUCCCGGCUCACCCCUGUCAUCCUCCUUAGAAUUAUGGAAGACGUAUACUCGCGGGCUAUCGAUUGCAGAAAGGCUCGAAUCGUCCAGCGACUUAUCAAUGGCUGGACGCGCGGACUCCGCCUUCGAUCCCAUCAGGCCCUGGACAGACGGAGUGCCUUCUGAUCUCGCAGAAUCGGAUCCGAGAGAUGACCCUGUACAGCGGUUCCCAAGGUACGAGGGGGAGCAGUCUCGGCCAUUGUCAGCUCAACUCGACCCAUCGCCUUCUCCUGCUCAAUCGGCUCGACCUCAUUCAUCUCCUUCACAACGGUCAGCUCGCAAGCUUCGCAAAGCUAUGAUCGUCGAAGGCGACUGGGAUAUGCUGCGAGAGGGGGUUUGGGCACCAGCUAUCAGCUUGCCGAAUGUUGCCGCUAGCCCAAUGUUUCCAGACAUAGCUGUAGCUUGUAAAAGUGGACCCGAGUAG